AUGGCGAGUGGCAGCAGCGCAGCAUCAAUCGCGCAGGAGCGCGAUACCCACUCGGAGCCCAUCAACUUCCGUGCGGCGCUCGCGGCAUUCGAGCAAAACAGCUCCACGCAUGCCGGCAGCCCGGGCGCAGCUGCUGGUCGCACACCCCAGACGCCUGCCCGUCCAUCUGGGGGCUUGGAUCCCAUCGCACGAUCCGCGUCCACACCGCACAACCGCGCCGGUGCAGCAAGCAACAACCCGUUCUCAGCAGCCAAUGCAGCCGCCUCGCCGCGCGUGGCGACAGGCUCGAUCCCUGCCACCUCGGCGUCUGGCAUGCUCAGUGCACCUUCGCCUGCAGUCGUAGCUUCCACCUCACCCUCGUAUGCUACGGGCAGCACGCUGCGAAAGUCGGACAGCGGUCUGAGCCUGCGUGAGCUGAUGAACAAGAGUCUGCCGCGCAGUGCCCACAGCCCCGUCCCGCCGAGUCGCAGCCGCUCCGGUGCGGACGACGACUCGACGGCCGCCGCGGCAUCGGCAUCUGCAUCAGGCCGAUCGACACCGGCCAUGGCACCUCGCGCCAUCGUGGGGCUUUUUGCCGAAGACCCUUCCGCGGACGCGCUGCGGCGUACGGCUAGCCCUGCAUCGUCGCUGUACUCGGACGAGCGUGCGGCGCGCCACAUGCUGGAUACGAGCCUGGACGAGCAGGACCACACGCAUCCCAUGUUUGCGCAUGCCGUCAUGCCGCGCAGCACGCCCGGCUCGCCCGAGCGCAAGGGCAGCACCUCCUCCACCGCCUCGGCGUCCAGCACCACCCCGCGUCUUCCACCGCGCCCCACGCAGCCCAGCCUGGCGCCCAGUCCGACGCUCACCGAGUUCGGCCAGUUGCAGCCCGCCGCCAAAGACAAGGCAGUCGGGUACGCCACCUACACGCCUGGCUUCAAGCGCGGCGUGGCGACGAUCGAGGUGCAGCGCACGCCGCCUGCGCUUCCACCGAGAAGUGCCACGUUAGGCCAGAGCGAGCGUGGGAAAUCGAGAGAGCCUCCAUCGGUUCCUAAAAAGCCACUCAAGCCGGCUCCUCCCCCGCGACCCACCGCGGCGCCCAGGAGCACACCGGACAGCGCAGCCAAAGCGUUCCGCUUCGGAAGCGCAGCCGCCGAAUCCACUUGCGCUCAGCCGGCACCUCCACCGCGACCAUACAAACCCUCAGCGCCAGGCGGCACAAGUCUCACACCCACCCCACCCAACACGGCCACCACAGCCAAACACAGAAAGAGCGGCAGCAACGUGUUUACGAGCAUCAGUCUGAGCGACGAGGCGAGCAGCGAGUUGCGGCGUACGCUCGAGACCGACGUGCGCGCCGAUGUGCAGUUGCCUCCGCCCGCGCGCGGGCGUCCACCCACCACACCGCACCGCACCGCUACCGCAUCCACGGCUACGGGGGGUGUGGUGAGCUCGCUCAUCGGUACGGCUGCAUCGGCGCUACCGCUGUUCAAAGCGUCCACACCAUUAGCGGCGGGUGCAAGGUCACUUGCCGACGGUGCGCCGUCCAAGCAGUAUGGCCUGAGUCGCAGCGGCAGCAUGCACUCGGAUCUGAGCGUGCUGCCGGGCCACGCGGAUGCGGGGAGCUGGAUGCCCACGCGCGCCGUGCAGCUCGCCGAUGCGCCCAAACGUGCCCCUGCAGCCGCGGUGCCGGGAUGGUGGAAGAUGCCGGAUCCAAGCGCACGCGCGCGAUACGAUGCGCUCUUUACAACCACGCUUGCCGACCAGGCGCGACGCCGCAAGCAUGCGCGCGCGGACGAAAGCGCGUCGAAUGCAUCUACACUGCGCGAAAAGCCGCGCACGGCGGGCGUGCAGGCGCUGCGCGGGUGGUUCGAGUCCGACGCCCCACCCGCGGCCGAUACGCACACCGGCGUGCAAGCGGACGAGUUGGGUGCGGCGAGCGUGCGACGCGUGUGGAAGCGCAGUCGGCUUCCAGCGCGGUUCCUGGCGCAGGUGUGGGACUACGCCGUGCAGCUGGGCGACGAUGCCAAGCCCCCCUCGCCCGCGCUUGGCCGCGAGGCCUUCGUGUGCGCACUCGCCACAAUCGAUGCCGAGCUCGCGCGCAGGAGGUCCCGCCGCCAGCAACGUACUGCGCAAGCCAGUGAUGCACACGCAGUUGCGGCGAGAGAGACAGGUGGACGCAGAGUGCCGCCGCCACCGCGCACAUGA